AUGUCCCUGGCGCAGGAAGAUAUUGACGUAUGCACCCACAUCAAGAACAGCUUGGGCGCUGAGACGUGUGUCGAUACUCUUGAGUCUGGUUUUAAAGGUUUCCGCUUGAGCGGGACUGUCGAAAAUCCUUUGAAGUAUGCGGGCCUUGGCUUCGAUGACAACAUUGCAGGGGGAGCCACACCUGGAGCCAUGAACGUCUGCAUGCUGGCCGCCUUUGGGAACGGCGGGGUUGUGCCAGACGCCUGCGUUCCCACCUCCGGAACCGAAGCAGCGGAGUGGAACGGACGGCCGGGGUUACACUACUUCGGCAUGCUCGGCUUCCCUUGCGGCUUCAACUUCAGAGCCUUUGAGGAGGGAGAGACCUUGGACUGGACCUUUCCGACAGGGAACACCUGUAUCGGGGACGUGGAUCUAGAUGUGGGCCUCACAUCCCUGGUCUGCAUGUUUGAAAUGGCCUGUGAGCUCGGAACUACGACCACAACGACUGCCACAGGUUUCGCGAUAACGAGCACAUCAACAAGCACCCUCUCCUUGACAAGCAGUUCGACAGCAACUCCAACAACCAGAACAACGUCCAUCUCAACAGCAACAACACCACCGGGCAGCACAGCGAUGUCGACACUGUCAACUUCGACGACGACAUCUUCUGCCGCAUUUUCCACCACGGCCAUUCCCGUCAUGUUGACUACCACGCCCGGCACCUCCUCUACGGUCACGCUCACAGAUGGUGUUCCCGUCCUGCUGACUACGACACCGACCCCUUCCUCCACGGUCACGCUCACAGACAGUUCGACAGUUGCCUUUACAGUCACUGGCACCACUGCUACAGUUACAUCGAGUGUGACCACGACGUCCACCGCCACAAGCAUGGCCGUGGCGCAAACCAGCAACACCUCCACGACGACAUCAGUUGCUAGUCUGGAAACAUCUGUAUCAACAACGAUGACAAGUACGAUCCGCACGACCACGCUCACAAGCACCACCGAGCUGAUGGUAUCACCAACAAGCUCUUCGCAAUCCUCCAGCACCAUGACUGCCACUGGCAGCGAUGACAACGUAACUGCGCCACCUUGCUCAGAGGCGCCGGUGGUUCCCAACAGUGCAGACUUGACCUACUGUCAGGGAUCGCCACACGGAUCAGCCUGCGAUGUGCGAUGCAUAGACGGCUUUGCGCGAGCUGACGGAGCUGAUCUCGCGUUUUGCCAGGACGGACGCUGGCGCGUGCAGGGCGAAUGCCUCAAGGAGGAUGCCGAGGUAGUCCAGAGCGCUGCGGUGCAGGUCGUGCUUGAGGUGGGGUCGACC